AUGAAGUCAGAUCUCUGGUAUUUCUUCCUCUUCUGCUUCCAAGUUGAAGUUCUAACAGGAGAAUUCAAUGAUUCUGCCACGUCUGAGAUGUUUAUAUUUCACAAUGGAGGUGUACAAAUUUUGUGCAAAUACCCUGAUACUGUCCAACAAUUCAAAAUGCAGUUGCUGAAAGGGAAUAAUAUACUCUGUGAUCUCACUAAGACAAAAGGAAGUGGAGACACGGUGUCCAUCAAGAAUCUGAACGUCUGUCAAUUUCAGUUAUCCAAUAAUAGUGUCUCUUUUUUCCUGUAUAACUUGGACAGUUCUCAUGCCAGCUAUUAUAUCUGCAAACUAUCAAUUUUUGAUCCUCCUCCUUUUCAAGUAGAUAUUCUAAGCAGAGAAUAUUUGAAUAUUUAUGAAUCACAGCUUUGUUGCCAACUGAAGUUCUGGUUACCCAUAGGAUGUGCAGCUUUUGUUGUAGUCUGCAUUUUUGGAUGUGUCCUUACAUGUUGGCUUACAAAAAAGAAGCUUCCGUCCAGCGUGCACGACCCUAACAGUGAAUACAUGUUCAUGGCCGCGGUGAACACUGCUAAGAAGCCUGGACCCACAGAUGUGACCCGUAAUUUGGAAAUUUCUGGCACCCAGGCAUGAACCACGUUGGCCAGUUUCCUCCAACUUGAAGUGCAAGAUUCUCUA